AUGUCAGCUUCCUGGAAGCAACAACUUAAUGCCCGAAAUCUACCGAGACCCUCAGCUCCGCUAGAUGUUGACCAGACAGACAACGCCCCCUCAAUAUGCAGCGCGUCACAGCCUUGCAUCAAACCCAGACAGCUUGAAGAGAUAAAAGCGGAAUAUCGUCUUCAGAACUAUAUCCAAGUGUGUGCCUGUAUGGAGCAACACGUGAAUGAUAAGAGAAGCGAAUUAACGAAUCAAAACUUCUCCAGACGUACUCACCAUGUACAAGAUUGGAUUUCUGAGUCGUACCAACAACAGUCUCAGAGUGGAACCUCGAAAAAGUCAAUCCACGUCACUCCAGAGGAUGAAAGCAGGGAAGGCCGUGCUCAUGCUAGCAACGACCAAUCAGGACAGAGGAUAAAAGAUCAGCCAAUGGAAUCGUUCAACGGAACAAACAAUCUUGAUCGA